GACAGGGGAGCACAAGCCCGGGCACACCUUCCUGUGUGGUUUCAGCUGUUCUGAGAGUGUCAUGGACUUAGGGAAGCCAAUGAAAAGCGUGCUGGUGGUGGUUCUCCUUGUCAUUUUCCAGGUGUGCCUGUGCCAGGAUGAGGUCACGGACGAUUACAUCGGAGAAAACACCACGGUGGACUACUCGCAGUUCGAGACCGUGUGCUUCAAGAAGGACGUGCGGAACUUUAAGGCCUGGUUCCUCCCAAUCAUGUACGCCCUCAUUUGCUUUGUGGGUCUGCUGGGCAAUGGACUGGUCGUGCUGACCUACAUCUAUUUCAAGAGGCUCAAGACCAUGACCGAUACCUACCUGCUCAACCUGGCCUUGGCGGACAUCCUCUUCCUCCUGACCCUUCCUUUCUGGGCAUACAGCGCGGCCAAGUCCUGGGUCUUUGGUGUCCACGUUUGCAAGUUCAUCUUUAGCCUCUACAAGAUAAGCUUCUUCAGCGGCAUGCUCCUACUUCUUUGCAUCAGCAUCGACCGCUAUGUGGCCAUCGUCCAGGCCGUCUCGGCUCACCGCCACCGGGCCCGCGUCCUUUUCAUCAGCAAGCUCUCCUGCGUGGGCAUCUGGAUGCUGGCCACAGUGCUCUCCAUGCCCGAGAUGCUGUUCAGCGGUAUUCUGAAGAGCAGCAGUGAGCAAGCCCUGCGCUGCUCUCUCAUGGCUGAGCAAACGGGGACCUUGAUCUCCAUCCAGGUGGCCCAGAUGGUGAUGGGCUUUCUGUUCCCCCUAGUGGCCAUGAGCUGCUGCUACCUUGUCAUCAUCCGCACCUUGCUCCAGGCACGAAACUUUGAACGCAACAAGGCUAUCAAGGUGAUCAUCGCCGUGGUGGUGGUCUUCAUAGCUUUCCAGCUGCCCUACAAUGGGGUGAUCCUGGCCCAGACAGUGGCCAACGCCAACGCCACCGCCAUCAGCUGUGAGCUCAGCAAGCAACUCAACAUCGCCUACGACAUCACCUACAGCCUGGCCAGUGUCCGCUGCUGCAUCAACCCUUUCUUGUACGCCUUCAUCGGCGUCAAGUUUCGCAACGACCUCUUCAAGCUCUUCAAGGACUUGGGCUGCCUCAGCCAGGAGCAGCUCCGGCAGUGGUCCUCCUGCCGGCACACCCGACGUUCCUCGAUGAGUGUGGAGGCCGAGACCACUACCACCUUCUCCCCAUAGAGGCUGCUCUGCCUGGACUUGAGGGACCUCUCAAGUCCCCGGGUCGGGGACAGGGAGCAGAUGACAUGACUCAGACCCAAAAGCUGCUGAGGGAAAGGCAGUUCUGGCCCUGAAGGUUUAUCUCCUGGUGAAAACCCAUGCCUCAAAAGACAGAUGAAGCCCAACCCUAGCUACCUCAACCACGUUUGCAGAGACGUGGCUGAUAAACUACCCGAUGCGGCAACACCCCAACACCAAAACCAUUAUCCCCCAAAAAUGAAAGUCGAGAAAGUUCACACCUCCUGGAGCGAAGGGACAGGCACUGGUGAGAGCUAGGGCGGUACAAGGGCCUGGGAAGCCCUCAGAAUGAACCUUCAAGGGCUGAGCAAGGUCGUCCAGAAAGCAAGGCUGUAUCUCCAAGACCAGAGGUGGUGGGGAGACUUCUUGGCUUGGCAAGAAAAGGGAAACGCCAGUGGGUCAACUAACUCUGAAUCCCUUCCUCCAUCUCUCUUCCACUGUCGUCCGAGCCAGCAAGCGACGGCAGCCUCCCAGCCUCCCUGAAAGCACACUUGCCUCUCGCCCGCGCCUCUCCCCAGGCUGCUGCCCUCCCCGCGCUCCGCGCUCCGCAGGGAGAGGCGUGGUGUUUGCUGCAGGCCAGACCGGCCGCCUCGGGGGCCAAAGCCGCCAUCCCAGCCAAGGCUCUUGGGCAGGGAUGACCGUGGCCAGACCUUCUCGAGUCUCCAGUCUGUAGGAUGGAGGAGCGGGCCAAGAGCAAGGUUAGGGGCCCGGGUGUGAGUGACAAUGGUGGCUGCCAAAGGCCACCGUGCUGCUUCUUUGUUCUUUGUCACAGGGACAAAAUACUGUCAUCCUGUUCUGCUUUCAGUUCAUUAAGAGAGCACAUUUUACUCAUACACAAAUAAAAUAUUUCCCUUGAGGAAACAACAGGUUUCAAACAAAGGGGGAAAAUGUUCGGUAAAUGAUAAAUGAGUGUGUUCUUGUUUUGCAAACCCCCAUGCCCCACCUGACCACCCCCACUUCCCUCUUCCUCUCCCAGCCUUCAUUUCUCAGAGCUGUUCAGAGCCAGGAGGUCUACUGAGCUCUGUAAGCUCUCAGCCAUCCAAUGACACAGGCCCGAGGGACUGAAAGGUAAGAAGACGGAAGUACAUGCCGUGUGUCCAUCUUGUAAAUAGCCGUCCAGAACUCAUGGGACAGGAAUGAGGUCUUUUGUGAUCCAGGGACACUGAUUUGAGCAGAGCUUUGGAAAGAACCAACUUGUCCCUGUAAACCCUAUGGCUGGGAACAUUCACUGACCCUUAGCAGCAUACGUAAACCGGUCUGCUCAUCUGUCCCAAACCAGUCUGGAACUACAGCCCUUGACCCUCUGUCAGUCUCCCCAGGCUCCCAAAGCCGGUGUUUCCAGGGAGGGCCUCUCCCUGGGCUCAGAGAUCAUGCAUGCUGGAUUAGGGGGCUCGGGGUGGGACCCAUAUGAGAGGCUGCACCCUUUGCUGGAUGCUUGAGAGCCAGGUCUGCCCACAACCCUCCCUCCUGGUCACUUGCUGCAAUGGCCUUCCAUGGUGUGGAUACUCAUCACAGAGGGCAGGAAUGAGGAACAACCACCGCGCCACUCAGGCCCAGGAUCCGUGUCACUGGGUGUCCUGAUGUCUGCCCAAAACUUUGAUUUCUUCAGGCCAGAGAGGUUAGUCCAACCUGUGGUGUAUGAGGAGGUAUCUGAAGAGCCCAGCACUGUAAUGGGUCUCAGGGACUGCGUGGGGGCUGAGACACUCGUGCAAAAGGUGAUUCCAUCAAUUUUCCGGAAUGAAAAGAGCCUCGUUGAAAAUGGAGCCUGCCUGGUAACAAAGCCCAUUCUCUAAUCUCGUAAGCACAUUACAUCACCCUCCUCCAAGGGGUGCACUGGGCACCAUUUGUCAGCCAGCCUGAAGCCGGGAACCAGCGCCCUGAGCAGACGAGCCUGGCAGGACGCAGGCAGCGUGGAGCAGCGAUCCAGCGCAGGGGCCGCAUUAAAGGCAGCUGCAAAUGCAUGCAUGCAAGCGAGCGUGGGGAGAGGGGUAAUCCCGGGGUGCCUGUGCGCCCCGAGAGGGACAUUCCCGGUGCCCACUGGUAUGCACAUCCUGAUGAGGUUACAGAUGGGGAAAAGCCCCUCUGUUCCUGAAAGGGAGGAAUGGAACGGAGCAGUCAUGACCAGGAAGCCAGGCCAACCGCACAAGCAGGCCACCUUGGCUCCAGAUACUUUUUUCUAAAAUAACUGGAUAUCUCCAAGUAUUUACAAAGACAACAAAGCCCCCAGCAAUGUUAAUGCCCCAAACUGCGGUAUCUCAGGAGUUUUCACCUUGGCUCGUUGCCGGCCUGGCCCCGCUCCCUUGUCCAAUGCUCUCACAUGCCUGCCUUGAGCUUUGGUGGACCCCUGGGAAGAAGAAAUGG